CCGUGAUCUCGCAAUUUCCAUGACACAACCACUACAAAGCACCACAAAGGCGUUCGCGAUCUGUAAGAGCAAGGUGAUGCAUAGGUCAGACCGACGCGACGCACCAUGGCGCAAAGUGAGAUAGCGGCGGCGGGACACAAGAGAACGGCCAGCAGGUUGUCGAAGGGAGCACAGCCUGCGGGCAAGAAGAGAAAGAUCUCCGCCGCCCACGCCAGUUCUCCAUCCCCAGCAGUGCAGACGCCCGCCGAGACCUCGCCCGAGCCCGAAGAGCCCAUCAUACAACUUCCAGCGAGGGUGCGCGGAAGCAGACCUCUUCCCUCCCUAAAAGAGCAGCAAGCCGUCUCCCUCUCGAACAACGACUACCAGACUAUCGCCGCGUCCGCCGUGUUACAGACCUCCCUCGAUCGCUCCAGGUUGAAAUGGAUCCAUGACGGUGUGUUGGAGCGCUACUGGGUCAAACCGGAGAGUGGCAAGAACGCGAAACCCACGCCACCAAACAAUCCCGAAUUGAAAUGGCAAAAGCACAAAGGGCCAUGCAGGAUUCGUGUUGAACCGCACAUCUUCGAGGCGGAGAUUUAUGUCGAGGAAAAGGCCAAACCGCCUCCGCCGCCUCCAGUGAAGCACUACGUACCUCCAAACUAUCAACAGAGCGCAUAUGGCCAGCCCUAUCGACCGAAUCAGCAGCCAUAUGGCCAGCAGUACUAUCAAAACCGCGGUCCGACUCCUGCCCAGCGGCAACCCCACGGACACAGCAUGUCGCCUGGCCCCAACGCAUCCCACCCUGGAACCCCCGCACUCCAGCCUCACCGGCCUACACCCCCAUCGGCUUCCCCACCGCAAGAGAAGAAGGCUUCGCCCGACCCGGUCAUCAGCAUGCUCGCCAAUCGUGCAUCUUCCGAUCCCGAGCUGAAGGCGUUGAUGAAGGAAGUGGCGACGGGAAAUGCCUCACAGGAGCAACUGAAGGUCUUCCAAAGCCACAUUGAUGAAUUGACCAAGAUUAUCAAUGACAAGAAAAAAAAGGAGGAAGGCGCCGCGGCCGCUCGGCCUCCACCCCAACAGACUGAAGCUAUUCAAUAUGACGGAGCUGGUGAAGCUAUCCAAUAUGAUGGAGCCGGUAAGCAGCCACAUCAACAGCGGCCAUAUCAAGCCCCAGCCCCCGCAUACCAACCACCUGCCUGGACCCCCGCUCCUGCUGCUGCUGCUCCUCCGCCGCCUCCCGCGCCUAGGUCUCUUCCCGUCGUUCUGGCAUUCACGAACCCUGGAGCGACAGAGGAUCGCUUUCUCUUCCCGCAGAACAGCAUCAUCGAAGCACUGUCGCCCCAACACCUUCUCGCCAGCUUCAUCACUACGCGAAAGGGUCGUGAAUCCCCGGAAGCCAGCAACCUCGAACCCGACACGGAAUACUGGCAACCUGUGACGCUGAUGGUCGAGGUGGCGUACAACCGCGAGCAUAUUCUGGACUGUGUGCGGAAGUGGGUCAAGCCGGCGGAGGAGGUCAGGAAGCAUAUGGAGGAGGUCAUGGCCAGGUGUACCAAGGCGGAGGAAAGCUAUUUGGCUAUGAGACUUCCGUUCAAAGGCAGUGCGCUGGCAGAGGCGGAGGAUUCGGGAGCGGACGAGGGAACGAACACGCCUAACCCCGCGUCCGAAUUACAGCCGAAGCCGCGGAAGUAUACGAAGAAAAGCGCGGCAAAGAGCGUAAACACCGAGACAGAGAAGACUGAGGCAGAAAAGAACGAAGCAGAGAAGAAUGAGGCUGUGAAGGGUAGUGCUGUGGACAGCAGCGCCGCCAAAGAUCAAACCGCAGCUGAAGCGCCAGCGACGGAGAAGCCUUCUAAUGAUGGUCCCGUCUCCGACGUCGCUGCUGCUCCUUCUGCUGCCGAACCUGCCGUGGAAGACAAUCUCGAGGGUAGCAGACCGAAGAGAAGCACGAGGAAGAGUGUGAGAAUUAGCGAAGCUUGAAUGAUCAUGAGAGCAUUUUCGAU